UUUUGCUUUUAUCCUUCAUUUUCAGCUCAAAUCCAUUUCUCUCCCUCUUUUCUCCUCUUUUCUCUUCUCCAUGGAUUCCGAUUUCUGGACCUCUCGUCUUGCAGCUGCAAAACGUCAGUUAAAUUUACAGCAAAACCAUUCUUACAAUCAUCAAACUUCUCAACUGGAUAGGUUGAGCAUCGAUGAUUUCGAGGUUGAAGAAGAAGUCCGACCCGAUUUUCCAUGCCCGUAUUGUUAUGAGGAUUUUGAUAUUGCCUCUCUUUGUUCGCAUCUCGAAGAGGAACAUUCUUGCGAGUCCAGAGUUACUGUCUGUCCCAUUUGUUCUCAUAAAGUUUCGAGGGACAUGCUAAGUCAUAUUACAGUGCAACAUGGACACUUGCUCAGGGUGCAGCGGCGCCGUAGAUUACGCAGAGUUGCAAUUCCUAGCAGUCAGGCGCUCUCUCUACUAGGUAGAGAUCUUCGUGAAGCUCAUUUGCAGGUACUUUUAGGUGGCAGUGGACAUCGAUCAAGCAGUGCAACAUCAACCACUGCAGCGGCAGUCAAUGACCCCUUCCUCUCAUCUCUAGUUUUGAACUACCCCACAUUUGAAGCGGAGGAAAUUUCAAAAUCUGUUUUAUCCACUGUUGAGGACUCUACUACAAAGAAUGUGACAUCACAACAUAUAUGGAAGUUAAGUUUUGACCCUUCACUAAGUGUGGAAGAGCGAGAAAAGAGGAUAAGACAGGCUACUGGAAGAGCUGUUUUCGUGCAAGAUCUGUUUGCCUCUUCUCUGUUAGCUGACUAAUAGGAAGAGUAAGUAUUGCACCGCAAGAUAAUAAUUCGAGUUGAAAAGUCAGAUAAGGGGCAUCUUGGGUGGCGUAUACCGGUUCAUAUUGUUGACAAUCCAGUAUGCCUAAUUUGAUGUUUUCUUGAUGCAGCAUAGUGAUGCUUAAUCUGGUCCCUAAGAAUGAUUACUACCUAGUUUGUUUUUCGCUUUAAUGAUAUUGUGAUAUUGUAAUUUGUAAUCUAGGCAAUGCAGAAAAGUAGUUUGUCAUGGCAAGAAUGAUUUUAAUCAGGACAGCAGCACUAGAUGUGUACCAGCGUGUUGCACUAUUUGUUUUAUUUAUUUAUCCAUUAAAGUUUUUCUCCUCCUCA